GGGCUUUGAGCCCGAGGAAGAAGAAGCGGCCAGGGCGGCGGCGGCGGGAGCUGGGCCGGUGCUGCAAAUGGACGUGGAGUGGGGCCGCGGCGGGGCAGGCUCGCCUUCCGCCGGGGGCCCCAGCCCGCGAUGCGGAGGCGCCGAAAGCGGGAGGCGGCGGCGCAGGCGGCGGGGGGGAGGACAGGAGGAGGAGGAGGAAGAAGAAAAGGAGGAGGAGGGCGACGAAGGCGAGCGGCCUUAUCCUUCAGCAGGCGGAGGGGAGGGCGACGCGCGGCCCCCACAGUUCCCUCACGACGAGGGCGCCGGGCCGCCGCCUCACCGCGUCGCCUGGGCCAAGGGGCUGGCGCGACGCCUGCGAGGUCUGUGGGGUACAAGACUAACGGAAGAAAACACAAGCAGAGAGAAAUACCUGAAAAGUGUUUUACGAGAAUUAAUCACUUAUUUGAUUUUUCUUCUGGUCCUCUGCAUCUUGUCCUAUGGAAUGGUGAGUUCUAAUUCGUACUACUACACAAGGGUGAUGUCGCAGCUCUUUCUAGAAACACCAGUAUCAAAAAUGGAGAAGACAGACUUCAAAACUUUGUCCACAGUGGAAGACUUCUGGAAGUUCACUGAGGGCCCUUUGCUAGAUGGUCUUUACUGGGAGAUGUGGUACAACAAUAAGACAGUGGCAGAGAAUAGGAGUUUCAUCUACUACGAGAACCUGCUUCUGGGAGUGCCUCGCAUCAGACAGCUGAAAGUGAGGAAUGGCUCAUGUUCAAUACCUGAAGAUUUAAAGGAUGAAAUUAAAGAGUGCUACAGUUUGUACUCUGUGGGUAAUGAGGACACUGCUUCAUUUGGCCUCCGAAAUGGAACUGCCUGGACUUACACCAGUGAAAAAAAUAUGAAUGGGAGCAGCCACUGGGGACUGAUUGCAAUGUAUAGUGGAGGUGGAUAUUACCAGGAUCUGUCCAGAAGCAGAGAGGAGACGUCUGCAUUGCUUGGUGUCCUUAAAAACAACAUGUGGCUCGAUAGGGGAACAAGAGCAACAUUUAUCGAUUUUUCAGUGUACAAUGCAAAUAUCAAUCUCUUCUGUAUUGUAAGGUUAUUGGUAGAGUUCCCACCAACAGGAGGCCUGCUUACCUCUUGGCAAUUCCAGCCAGUGAAGUUAAUUCAUUAUAUUUCCACUUUUGAUUUCUUCCUGGCUGCCUGCGAAAUUGUAUUUUGUCUCUUUAUCCUUUAUUACGUGGUGGAAGAAAUCCUGGAAAUUCACAUUCACAGACUGUAUUAUUUUAGGAGUCUCUGGAACUGUCUUGAUGUUCUCAUCAUUGUGCUUUCAGUGGCCUCAAUAGGAGUUAACAUUUAUCGAACAUCCACUGUGGACAAGUCACUGAAGACACUGCUGGAGAAUCAGAAUCACUUCCCAAACUUUGAGCCCUUAGUGUACUGGCAAACACAGUCCGGCAAUAUUGCAGCUGUCACCAUGUUUUUCGUCUGGAUUAAGCUCUUCAAAUUUAUCAGCUUCAACCGGACAAUGAGCCAACUAUCUACCACUAUGUCACGAUGUGCCAAAGAUGUGCUUGGUUUUGCCAUUAUGUUUUUCAUCAUUUUCAUAGCCUAUGCUCAGCUUGCUUACCUUGUGUUUGGCACGCAAGUCGAUGACUUCAGUACCUUCCAGGACAGCGUCUUUGCUCAGUUCCGCAUCCUCUUGGGAGAUUUUGACUUUACAGAGGUUGAAGAAGCAAACAGAGUUUUGGGACCCAUUUAUUUCACUACGUUUGUGUUCUUUAUGUUCUUCAUUCUUUUGAACAUGUUUCUGGCCAUUAUCAAUGAUACCUACUCAGAAGUCAAAUCAGAUAUGGCACAGCAGAAGUCUGAGAUGGAACUGUCUGAUCUGAUCAAAAAGGGAUACACCAAAGCCAUGGUGAAGCUAAAAUUGAAAAAAACACCUGUUGACGACAUUUCGGAGAGCCUGCGGCAAAGUGGAGGCAAAUUAAACUUUGAUGAACUGCGGCAGGAUCUGAAGGGGAAAGGGCACACCGAUGCAGAGAUUGAAGCCAUCUUUACAAAAUAUGACCAGGACGGGGAUCAGGAAUUGACAGAGCUGGAGCACCAGCAAAUGAGAGAUGACUUGGAGAAAGAGAGGGACCUGGAGCUAGACCGAAGCUCUCUGAAACGCCCCCUGAGUGGCCGCAGCUUCCCACGGAGCCUCGAUGACUCAGAAGAGGAUGACGACGAUGACAGUGGGCACAGCUCAAGAAGAAGAGGCAGCAGCUCCAGUGGGGUCUCAUACGAAGAGUUUCAAGUGUUGGUGCGGCGAGUGGAUCGCAUGGAGCACUCCAUAGGCAGCAUCGUUUCCAAGAUAGACGCUGUCAUCGUGAAGCUGGAAGCAAUGGAGAGAGCAAAGCUGAGGAGGAGAGACGUGUUGGGGAGGCUGCUUGAUGGGGUCACAGAGGACGAGAGGCUGGGCCAUGACAACGAAAUCCACAGGGAUCAAAUGGAGAGACUUGUCCGAGAAGAGCUGGAGCGCUGGGAAUCCGACGAUGCGGCAUCCCAAGUGAGCCACCGAUUAGGGACUCCCAUAGGACUCAACGGUCACUCGCGGGCUAGGAAUUCCCGCCCUUCUUCCUCACAGUCCACAGAGGGCAUGGAUGGGGGAGGGGCUGGAAAUGGUGGGAGCAACACCCACGUCUAGAAGCGGCUUUCUGUUGCCUCAAAACUGAUGAACAUUUUCUGCCAUUGGUGAAUUGGCUCGGUGGCAGGAUGAGGUGGAUGCGGUACAUAAAGAAACUGCUUGACUAUUAAGUGCCAGUUCAAGGUAUUGUGAGACCAGUCCUCAGCAGGCCCAGUAAUAGGUAACUCCCAUUUCAGUCACCGGGGCGUAGUCCCAGGAAAGUGUUCUUAGGACUGCAGCCCUUGUGACCCUCAACAGCUGCAUUACCCACUGCAGGAGCACGGGGAGUCCCCGUGGUGCUAGCAGUGCGGCAGGGGUCCAGCUCAGAACCGACAAGUGGCGGUGCAGAUACCGGAGGCUGUCCGUGCCUCAGGGGCUCAACGUGGACCUGGCCGGUGGCGCAGGUCUGGGACGCGGAGCUACGCCUCUCCCUUCCUUCCAUCCCACUGCCAGCUGGCCACCUCGGGAUGCCACCCGAGCAGCCACUUCAUUUUUUAUUUUCCUUGACUUCAUUUAUAGCCUGCCUUUCUUGCUGAGACUCCAGGCGGAUUCCAAAUUUAAAAAAAAAUUCCAUCAGAGAGCAAGGACCUCCAGUAAGCUAUGCAGUAGGCCUAGGAUUACAGAACUGGAGAGCAGUCCAGCCGUCUUAAGGCAUGCCGCGCCAUGAUGCAGACGGUAGGUUACAAAGGUAGACAAGGUGGAAAGGGCCGUCAAGUCACAGCCGACCUACGGCAGCCCUUGGGGGUUUUCCAGGCAAGAGAACAGCAAAGGCGGUUUCCCGUUGCAUGUCUCUGUGCAGCGACCCUGGAAACACUUGGUGGUCUCCCAUCCAAGUACUAACCA